AUGUGCAAUACGUUGGCCAAGAUGCCCCAUAAAGACAAGAAAAGAAUUUGGCCAAGGGCUACCCAAUCGUGGGAGCGGAUACACAUUGACUUAUUCGACUUUGAAAAUAAGAUGUAUAAACUCGUGGUGGACACCUAUUCCAAAUGGGUAGAGUACGAAGAAGUGAGGGGAUUGACAACUCAGGUUGUGGUAAAGAUGUUAAAAAAUCUUUGGACUCGGUUCGGAGUAGCAAAAAUAAGAGUAUCGGUUGGAGGUCCUGCCUUCAUAAGUGAACAGUUCAAAUUAUUUCGUGCUGAAACUGGGCGAGACACAUUUUGA